AUGUUAAGCAUACCGGAAGAGGGAGCAGGUGCAGUGGACGUGGACGUGGAUAUGGACUUAUCGGCGCAGAACCAAUCAGUGCAAGAUCGCCUUGGAACGCCAACUAUAUUAUCCCGCCAUUCAAGCAUUACGCCGCCGACCUCGCGAAGAAAGAGUAGGGAUGCAACAUGGAGACCAUAUAAUGUUACAGAGAAAGGCAACCGCAAAGCGACCAAACGAUCACUUGCCCCUCAAGGCCAUUCGAUCACGCAGGGCGACAUGAACGACUCGGACCCAAGCGCUGAGCAACGACCUGGGCUGGGUUCGUUGCAAUCAAUCGCAGAGCACACGGAGCAGGAAAUACCUCGGCCACUCAACGAGCCGGAAUGCCCCGAACAUAUUUCUGGCGGACUGCCAGUUGAGGCUCAGGAAGGACUAGCAGGAGAGCAAAUGGCGGAUGGAACGGAGCUCAUCACGGAAGCGGGUGAAGAACUCCAAGAAGAUCGAGUAGCCCGGCAGCGCGCAGAUGCUCUUACUCAGCUACAAACACCUGGAAUCAUGGAGGAUCAUGCCCCCCGGCCUGUGACUGAGCUUCCCGCCGACUUGCCAAGUCUGAUUACAAGAUUACGGGAAGAGGGAAGCCAGCUGGGAGAUGAAAGUAUAAUCCCCGACAAAAAUCAAACGCAGGAGCUUCCUGAAUUGGAGCUGGCCACUGUUGAUCAUCUGGACCGACACAGAGCGGAUCUACCUGAUCCAGAACAGGCUCAGCGGCAGGCAAUUGAAAGGCAGGAGGGCGAGGAUCUAUUAUUCGAUGUUCCUGUGCUGGAAGAGCCAACAGACCAGGCAGUGGUAGAGGACUCGGGAAGACCAACCCCGGAAGUUCCCGCUCUUCCCCCUGGAAGCAUGCAUGAGGGUCUUUCUAGUGAUGUGCAACCAGAGCGGAGGGUCACAGUCACAUUUUACGUUUACGAGCGACAGGCAUGGAAAAAGAUGGAUAUGGUCUCUGUGAGCCCUACUCAACUCGCUGAGGCGCAGAUUAUCGCCGACCGAUAUGCACGAGAUCCCAGCCAAUAUGCGCGCUUUUACGAUGGUCGACUACGCAAAGUUGCCGUUGGUGAGUGCGUUCGCGCAGCGAUUGACGACGGUAGUUUUACCGUCCUUAUGAGUUUUGGAAAGGAUCUGAUAGUGACUCGGCAUCUUGCCGCGUCUGUCGCAGAAAUAUUCAAGUCUGCUGGGAAUGAAUGGCAUGAUCCUUAUCACCCUGAAAAACGGUUAAAAUCAAACGCCGGAGCCCCGUCGGCUGGUCCCGUUCAAGCGCGAAAGGAUGCAAUUGCAGGAAAGCCAGAGCGACGUGGAAGAAAAAUACCGGCGCGAAUAGCCACCCGACCGCGCCAGGAUGUGCGGCCCAAUCGGGCGGAGGCAGAUUCUCAGCCUGUUACCGUCGUUUUUUGCGCCCAAGAAAAUAACGGACAUUGGAAGACGGUGCAUGAGGUCCUUGUCGACCGGAUCGACCCAUCGCAGGUGGAACGAGUGGCGAGGAAAGAGGCGAGAAACCGUCAGGCCACAUUCUAUGAUAAGAACCUGCGAAAACUCACUCCGGCGCAGUGUUUUGAGGCGGCAAUUGAGGAUGACACAAAUAAAAUCUUUAUGAAUUUCGGGGGAGAGCUUGCGGUGGACGAAGAGACAAUAGAGUCGAUCGCACGCGAAGUGGAAUUGUGA